AGCCAAAUUCCAACGUAGCCCAAACAAGUCAGCAAGAUCCAGUCACAGCGAGGAAAGCAGAGAAACAGAGAGAGAGCUCACCGCCGUCCAGCCCCCCAGAUCCACCGCACCGCACCCCGGCGAGCGACCGAGCAUGGAGGCGGUGGGCGGCGACGCGGCGAGCAUGGUGGCGGUGGGCCUGGUGUGGGGCGCCACCAACGCGCUCAUGCGCCGUGGCGCGCUCGUCUGGGACCGCCGCUCCCGCUCCCUCCCCGCCGGCACCGGCGCCGUCCGGCGGUGGGCCGACCUGCUCCUCACGUGGCAGUACUCGGCGCCGUUCCUCGCCAACCUCUCCGCCUCCGCGGCCUUCUUCCGCCUCCUCGGCGACGCGCCCAUCUCCGUCGCCGUGCCCGUCACCAACGCCACCACCUUCGCCGCCACCGCCGUCGCCGCCGCGCUCCUCGGGGAGGCCACCCGCGCCGCGCCCGCCGCGCUCGGCACCGCGCUCAUCGUCCUCGGCGUCUGGGUCUGCAUCUCCUAGCUCGCCUACCCCGUCUACUGCUUCCAAGAACUGAAUUGCAGUUCAGUACUGAAACUUGUGGCAUCAUCUAGCUCACACUUCUCAUUUUUCUUCAAGGUUGCCUGUAGGAUUUGAUCUCCUUGUGCGAUGAUAUGUGCUUUUUAAUGCCAAAAUGUUACUGCUGCUUGUCA